AAACCAAAAUAAUAAACAGAUGUUUAUGUUGUUUACGUUACAUUUCGCAGUUUUUGAUAAGAAACUCAAUACAUUUUGACAAAACGAAUUCGAUUAUUUCGUAAUUUAGCUGAGUUUUAAAAAUGGCAUUGAUACCAAAUGUGACACGGCUCAGCGCAUCUAUCAUACGUAUAUUAGGUUGUAAUCCUAGCCCAAUGACUUUGCAAGGUACCAACACGUACUUGUUGGGCACUGGAAGAAGACGUUUGUUGAUAGAUACGGGUGAUUUGGAUUUUCCAGAAUAUAUUUCAAAUUUAAACGGAGUUUUAAAACAAGAACAAGCAUCAAUUAGUACCGUUAUACUUACACACUGGCAUCAUGACCACGUUGGCGGAGUUAAGGAUGUGUUAAAAUUAUGCAAGCCGAGUGACUGUAAAGUAUACAAAUUUCCACGCUCCGAUGCACCAGAUAUAUGCCCAGAAAUUCCAACAGAUGUAAAGAUACUUCCAUUGCAGGACCAACAAGAGCUAAGUGUAGAGGGUGCAAAAGUUAAAAUAAUUCACACUCCUGGACAUACAACCGAUCAUGUUGUCUUGACUACUGAGGAUGGCGCAUUGUUUAGUGGCGACUGCAUUUUAGGUGAGGGUACCGCGGUAUUUGAGGUGUUAUAUGACUAUAUGCGUAGUUUGCAAAAAAUACUAAAUUUCAAACCUAAUAUCAUAUAUCCAGCCCAUGGCAAUGUUAUAGAGCAACCGGUUGAUAAAAUUCAAUACUACAUCGAUCAUCGAAACCAGCGUGAAGAACAAAUUAUCGACUUCUUUAGGCGAAAUCCUAAUAAACAACUACAGGCAAUGGAUGUGGUACACGAUGUUUAUAAGCAAACACCUGAGAAUUUGUGGCUGGCUGCAGCCCACAAUGUUGGGCACCAUCUUGAAAAAUUGAACCAUGAAGGCAAACUUAAAACAUUAACCAAAAAUGAUGAAAAAUAUUAUGAAUAUGAAAAUAGUGGUGGUUCAUAAAACAAAAAAUGAGUGGUAUUUGUUUUAAAACUUAUGUUUGUACAUAUAUUAACGGUGUUAUUUUUGUUUAUCGGUUUACUUUGCAUGUUUGCAAUAAAGCUUUGGGCUAAUAUAAAA